AUGCUUCACCCGCCAGCUUCUCCCCAAAAUCCGCGCAAGCGACGGGCAUCACACAGUCCCAAGCUGAAUACACUUCCUCCGGGCACAGCUUUACCUUCGGACCCCGUCACUCCCAAUGCCCAUUUGCCGGCAGGGCUGGCGGACGAGACAGGCAAAAAGCGCGGGCGAACCAAUACGCCGUGGACUGCCCAGGAGGAACAGAGAUUGAAGCAAAUGCGUGAUUCUGGGCACAGCUGGAGUGAGAUCGCAAAGGCUUUCCCUGCACGGACUGAAGGCAGCGUGAAGAAGCACUGGUACAAGGAUAUGCAUUAUGCCGAGUUUGCCGAAGAUGAGUCCGCAGCCCUUCGGGAAGCUAUAAAAGAAUACGAAGCAAACAAGUGGAAAGCGAUCGGGCAGAAGCUCGGCAAGCCAGCAAAGGCAUGCGAACAAUACGCAAAGGAGCAUUUCAAGAAUGGCUGA